CUAAAGAAGCUGUCUGGUGCGCUUCUAUACACGAUGUGGGGUUUGUGACUUCACAACCCCGCUAUGGGGUAACAUCCAAUAAAUUCUGAUCAACCAAACCCAUAAAUAUUCUCUACCCCUCAGGUCGAUUCAUCAAUACCCGAACAUAAAAGAGGUUAACAGACUUGUCGAUCAGAAUCCCAACUCUGAUGUUGAGCUUCCUUUACCCCUCCAACAUCCCCUAACUUCUUUCAACAUCAAGGAAAGUUUACAGCGACUUUCAGAAAAAAUGCUCUACGCUCAAGGAAACCGUCUAGUAUAUCGCUAUGAUGCGGAAGAACUUUGGAUUGAUCCAUGGGGUCCAAAUGCAUUUCGUGUUCGCUCAACCAAAGAAUCACAAUAUCCUGAUCCUAACGAACUUUGGGCGCUCCAGGAGAUCGAAACAACAGCUCCAACAAUAAAUGUAGAAGAAAAGGAAGCAUCAAUAACCAAUGGUUCAAUUCGAGCAACAAUAACCUCAAGAGGAAAAGUAAUCAUCUACAACGGCGAUGGAAAGAUCUUAUUGGAAGAAUACGCACGUCACCGCCUCGAUGUGACUGAUCCAAAAUGUUCCGCAAUAAAUGUCGAAGCCCGCGAGUUUAAACCCAACCCCGGUGGUAGUUCUACCCAUCACUUAACAGUGAGAUUUGAAUCUCAAGACAAGAAUGAGAAGAUAUUUGGAAUGGGUCAAUAUCAGCACCCUUAUCUGGAUGUCAAAGGUUUAGAUCUCGAACUCGCUCAUCGAAAUUCUCAGGCUAGUGUACCAUUUGCUCUUUCUUCGCGGGGUUAUGGGUUUCUAUGGAACAAUCCUGCCAUCGGUCGUGCUGUUUUCGGUAAAAAUAUCACGUCUUUUGAAGCCUACUCUACCUCGUUUCUCGAUUACUGGGUCGUGGCAGGUGAGAGUCCUUCUGAAAUUGUGCAUCGGUAUGCUGCGGUAACAGGAACGGUCCCCAUGAUGCCGGAGUAUGGACUCGGAUUUUGGCAGUGCAAAUUGCGGUAUCAGACUCAAGAGGAGCUAUUGGAAGUAGCCAGAGAGUACAAGAAAAGAGAAUUACCCAUUGAUCUAAUCGUGAUAGACUUUUUUCAUUGGCCCACCCAAGGCGAUUGGAGAUUUGAUGAGAAAUUUUGGCCGGAUCCAGAUGCAAUGAUUAAGGAACUCAAGGCAUUGAAUAUCGAACUAAUGGUUUCUAUCUGGCCGACAGUCGAUACGAGGUCCGAAAACUUUGAAGAGAUGCUAGAAAGGGGAUAUUUGGUACGAACUGAUAGAGGAAUAAGAAUCGUGAUGGACUUCGAGGGUGAUACGAUUCACUUUGAUGCCACGAAUCCUGGAGCCAGGAAGUAUAUCUGGGAGAAAGCAAAGAAAAACUACUAUGACAAAGGGAUUAAGGUAUUUUGGUUGGAUGAAGCUGGUUAGUAUCUUUUAUUGUAUCGGCCAACUCCGGUCGUUUCUGUAGUCUAGCAAACAAGAUUUAAAGAGCUGAUUUUGAACCCAGAGCCUGAAUAUACAGCCUACGAUUUUGACAACUAUCGCUACCACCGCGGCACCAACCUUUCAAUUGGUAACACCUAUCCCGUCGAAUACGCUCGAGCAUUCUACGAGGGCAUGUCAGCAGCCGGACAGGAAAAUGUCGUCAACCUCCUGAGAUGUGCAUGGGCAGGAUCUCAAAAAUAUGGCGCAUUAGUCUGGAGUGGUGACAUUGCUUCAUCAUGGUCUUCAUUCAGAAAUCAACUUACGGCGGGUUUAAACAUGGGUAUUGCGGGAAUUCCAUGGUGGACGACGGAUAUUGGUGGUUUCCACGGUGGUGAUCCAUCCGAUCCGGCUUUCAGGGAGUUAUUUGUAAGGUGGUUUCAGUGGGGCACUUUUUGUCCGGUUAUGAGGUUACAUGGAGACAGAGAGCCGAAACAACCCCAGGUUGGCGAAGGGGGUGGAUCGACUUGUCUUAGUGGUGCACCUAAUGAGGUUUGGUCGUAUGGGAAAGAGGUGUACGAGAUAUGCAAGAAAUACAUGAAGUUGCGAGAGGAAAUGAGAGAUUAUACAAGGGAAAUGAUGGUCGAGGCUAGUGAGAAGGGAAGUCCUGUUAUGCGCCCUCUUUUCUACGAGUUCCCAGAUGAUCCACGAUGUUGGGAAAUUGAGGAACAAUAUAUGUUUGGGCCGAAAUAUUUGGUCUGUCCUGUCUUUGAGGCGGGGGCAAAACACAUGAAGGUUUAUCUUCCAGCGGGGCAAUCCUGGAAAAUAAUUGGUCAUGGAAACGAGGAAUCUUGGAAUGGAGGUCAAGAGAUUGAAGUAGCCUGCUCCAUUGAGACUAUGCCCGUGUUCAUGAAGAAUAAUUAGGCUGAUGAUAAUGUGGAAUGACCAAUUUCAUUCUUUGACGGUUUCUUCAGCCUCUUCCCAUGACACAAACUUCACAUCAAUCCCCAUCAAUAAUUAAUUGUACAGUUCUACUCGAGUUUGAUGUAAAAGAAAUACAUGUAUACAGGCCCUGAUACGUAGGAUU